UUCAAGCCCUAUAAAAGCCUAUAGAGUCUUUAUAUUUACUGUCUCCGUGUCUCCACUAUCCAUCAGUCAAGCGAAGAAGAUAUUUAGAGUAGGAUUAUGGCUUGCAGUGAUUAUGAAGAUGAUUAUUUUGGGGGAUCUGAUUUCGGAGAUGAUUUUAAUGAGGAACCUGAUUCUUAUGGGUUGGGAUCUGAUUCUGAAGAUGAUUAUAAUGAGAAAUCUGAUUUUGAUGAAGAUAAUUAUCAUAGUGAUUCUGAAGGUGUCGGAUCUGAUUUGGAAGAUAAUCAUCUUCAGCAAUCCAACAGUCAGCAAUCGAUUUUGAAGAACAGCAUUGUGGACAAGAAGACUGGUUCUUAUGCGAGGACAACCAUGAAGCAGAGCUAUUCUUCUGGGGAUGUUUUCAAGGAGCGUUCAACUGGUAGAGUUGGUUACAAGGAUGAGUUCAAAACAACCAAAACUUUUAAGGUUGGUGACAAAAGAGGUUAUACUGAACACCAGGUGGAGGAGAGGUACCGCAGGGUCGAUUAUGGGAACAGCAGCAGCAGUAGCAGGGGAAAAAAUAGCUGCUGCAACAGCAAGGGAAAAAACAUCAGUAGCAGCAACAAGAAAUACUUGAAGUAGUCAUAUAAUUAUGCUUGUUUGUCUCCGUUGGUAAAUUAGUUUGGAGUUUGAACUUCAUAGUUAGUUUAUUUUGCUUCCUUAGCUGGACAUGGUAAUGACUUUCAACGUUUUAUGUAGUCUCUAGUUUCUUUAUUAUGCAAAUAUUUAGCAUGUCUGUGUUCUGUAAGAUACUGAUGGUUUGCUUUUCAAUAGAGUUGAUAUGGCUUUUGGUUUUUCA